UGAAACCUCAUCCCGCCCUAUCCACUUUCCGUCACUAUUAUGCUGGCUUCUCACCACCGCCUCACCUCCACGGCCGCCGGCGACCUCCACAGCCACCGCCGACGUCCUCCAAUCUUCUUCACCAAGCCCCGCCGCUUCUCUUUAAUAUCGUCCUCCCUCUCCGACAAGCAAAAUGGCGCGGCAUCAACCAGCGAAACCGCUAUUCUCCGAACCCACAACGCCAGAUCGGCGGCCGUGCUCCUCCGCCACCUAUCCUCUCACGAAGACCGGAAUCCAGACGAAGAAAAUCUGGGGACGAAUCUAGCGUUAGCGGAAGAGGACAAGGAAAGAGUGCUCGAAGUCUCAUUGCAGAUUAGACGAACGCCGCAGUUUCCAGGCUCCGUUUACAUAAAUUCUUCUUCUCCGGCGAGCGUCCUCCGAGGAAACGACACUAAUUCCGGGGAAAUCGAUGAGGAAAUGCUGAUAAAGGCGCUGGAGAUAAGGAGGAAAGUGACUGCAGAUAUUUUCAAGGAGGCGAUGAGGAAAGUUAAGUUUGGGAUCACUUACACGGACAAUAUGGCUUCCGAAUUAUCCGAAUUUCUUGACUAUGUGAUAAUCAAGGCUGUUUCGAUGAAGAAAUUCCCUGAAUUCUCGCAGUCUUCGUACAAUCAUCGCGCACGAGCCUUCAUCGAUGAAUCCCAAGUUGUGCCUCUUAUCAGGUGGUUGAAACACAACUCAUUAUCCUAUCGGCAAAUAGGGAAGCUUAUUUGUGCGUCGAACGGGGAUCUCGGGUCCAUAAGAAGGGUUGUGGAGUGGUUGAAGUCGAUACACGUGAAAGGGAGGUUUAUAGGCGUGGCGUUGACACGUGCUGGCAGGAAUUUAUUGGGUCAGCAUUUAGAGGAUUUUGAUGAGAUUGUUGAGUAUUUGGAGGAGAACGGCGUGAGGAGGGAUUGGAUGGGUUAUGUAGUUAGUAGGUGUCCCGAAAUAUUGGCAUUUAGCAUGGAGGAAUUGAGAGCUCGUGCUCAGUUCUACUUCCGUAUGGGAAUGAGUAAGAACGACUUUGGGACAAUGCUGUUCGACUCUCCUAAAGUGCUCGGCUACCUCUCCAUGGAAGAGAUGAAUGAAAAGGUAGCAUAUUUGAAAGAGUUUGGCCUUGAUGAUGAGGAUAUCGGGAGAUUGUUAGCAUUUAAGCCACAGUUGAUGUCUUGUAGCAUCGAGGAUAGAUGGAAGCCUCUCGUAAGGUAUUUUUAUUAUCUUGGGAUUUCCAAGGAUGGGAUGAGAAGAAUCCUCACCUUGAAGCCUAUGGUUUUCUGUGUUGAUCUUGACAGCAUCGUUGUGCCAAAGGUUCAAUUCCUACGGGACAUUGGUGUCGAGGAAGGCGCAAUUGGCAACAUGCUUUCCCGGUUUCCUUCAAUGUUGACAUAUAGCCUCUACAAGAAAAUACGGCCCGUGGUGAUUUUUCUUUUGACGAAGGCCGGGAUUUCCCAGAAAGACGUUGGGAAGGUGAUUGCCUUAGCACCCGAACUCUUGGGAUGCAGCAUAGCCAAUAAACUAGAUCACAACGUGAAAUACUUUCUCUCGCUCGGAAUAACUGUUCGACAGCUGGGAGAGAUGGUUUCCGACUUCCCGAUGCUGCUUAGAUACAACGCAGACGUGUUGCGACCAAAGUAUCGAUACUUAAGGAGAACGAUGAUACGGCCAUUACAGGAAGUUAUCGAAUUCCCAAGGUUUUUUAGCUAUUCGCUAGAGGAGCGAAUAAUGCCGAGGCAUAAGAUUAUGGUCGAGAACCGGGUUAACUUUAAGUUGCGGUAUAUGUUAGCGAGCACGGACGACGAAUUUAAUGAGAGGGUGGAGGAAGCUGUGGAGAGACGGAGAAGCUUCGAAUCCCGGUAAGUCAUACCAACUUUGAUCGAAAUAAAAAUCUUGUGAAUAGAUAUUUAAUUACAUACUAUAUAGUCACGAUUGAGAUUGAUCUCAAUAAAACGUGCAUGGUAAUAGUCUACAUGAUAAAUAUUAGGAUUGAUCUCAUGUUAACAAAUAGCACAAAUGUGUAUGGUAUAAGUGGAUAGUACAAGGUAGGUAAUAAUUCAUAUAGUAUAUGCUGGUUUAAUUUUAUAGUUUUAAAAAAUACUACUUCAUUUAUAAUACAUUUUAACCAAAAAAAAUAUAUGUAUAUAAUCAAUAUUAUUAUUUUAACUAAAUUAUAGUAUCUUUGUUCCUUUUC